AUGUCAAUUUCUAGCGUCGCAAAUAAUAGAUCCACCGUCUACAUUGGAGCCGGUUUGGGUGUAACGAUGAUAGCGGGAGGCCUAUCAUAUUUAUACUAUAAGUACAUCAAGCGGGAUGUUAUGCCACUGAAGUGGCGCCGCAUUGGUACAUUGGAUCAAAUCAAUAUAUUCCCUGUGAAAUCAUGCGCCCCAUUAAAAUUGUCCGAUAAUGAUGAGGUGUUUUGUGAAACCUUGGGACUGCAGUACAGGGGAGUGCGUGAUCGUGCCCUAAUGCUGAUCAACGAAAACAAUGAAAUGAUAACGGCACGUAUUUACCCAAAAAUGGUUUUGAUACAGGUCAUGGCCAUAGACGAUGCUAAGUUAUGUUUCAACUUUGAUGGCAUGGAAUCUUUGGAAUUGGACUUCAGCAAACUGGUUGAAGAGGCUCCUGGCAAGGACGUUCAUACGUCGGUUUGGGGAACAAAGAUAGAUGCAAUGUUGUGUGGGGAAAAAUACGACAGUUGGUUUUCGCGAUGCAUCCUUCAAAAAGAAUCUGGUUUGCGUUUGGUUUAUUAUCCAUAUCCUAAACCAGUACGCUCCACAAAUGCUCGUAUGGCCAAGGAACCGUUUAUUAAACAGGAAGACUCAGGCACGUUCGGCGAUGCUACCAGUUACAUGUUGAUGAAUUUGGCUUCUGUUGAGGAUUUGAGGGAAAAAAUGAACAAAUUUGUUGAUCCUCUACAGUUUAGGGGCAAUUUUCACUUGCAUAUGGACAAAGACGAACCGUACGCCGAAGACAACUGGCAGUGGAUACGAAUUGGUGAAAAUGCAGUUUUCAGAAUUGUAGCACCAUGCACACGUUGCAUAUUCCCGAACAUAAACGUAACAACUGGAGAGCGGGACCCCAAUGGGGAUCCAUUAAAGACACUGAAAAGUUACCGCAUGUUUAAAAAUUAUGCAAGUCCCGCUCUUGGAGUUCAUCUAGGACUUCGCCGCGCAGGUGUAAUCAAAAACAAUGAUGUGAUUUAUGUCGAAGAUAAUUCACCUUAA